AGAAAUACAUUUUUCGACAUUUACCUGGAUAAAUCAUCACAUCUAUCUCCAGUAACUUUUGAAUAUAGUGUGAUUGGUUCCGUUUUUAGAUAUAGUGAAUUUUUAAACUCUACGAUAAGUACGAUGUCAACGUCAAAGUCACCAAUAUCCCCUGAUGAUCAUGAAUUCGUUGUCCCGAAAAAAUCCAUUAAAGUACCUAGUGAUAUGACAAUUUGGGAAAAAUCGGAAGCAUAUUGUGAAUACUUGGGAUUUAUAUUAGCCUUAAAUAAUUCAGUUCAAGGAAAAGCUUUAACCAUUGAAUGCACACAAAGUCCUAUAAUAGCAAAUAUUGUUCAAAUGCUUGAUGAGUUUGAUGAAUGGAUAACACAGAUACCUCCUACUGAGCAGCCCCAACGUUUUGGUAAUAAAUCAUUUAGAAUAUGGCAUGAAAAGUUACAACAGAAUGGAAUAACAGAAUUACAAAAAGUAUUGCCACAAAAAUUACAUAGGGCAGUUCCAGAGAUAGUUCAAUACUUAUACGAAGGUUUUGGCAAUCCAACACGUAUAGAUUAUGGUACAGGACAUGAAAUGGCAUUUUUAAUGUUCUUAUGUUGUAUGUUCAAAAUUGGUGCUUUCUCACAGGAUGAUAAAGUUGCUGUAGUCAUAAAAAUAUUUAACAGAUAUCUGGAAUUAGUACGUAGACUACAGUUAACUUACCGUAUGGAACCAGCAGGUAGUCAUGGUGUAUGGAGCUUAGAUGACUAUCAAUUUGUUCCUUUCAUAUGGGGGAGUGCCCAAUUAAUUGGACAACCUCGUUUAGAACCUCGACAUUUUGUGGAACCAGAUAUUGUACAGUCAUUCAGUAAACAAUAUAUGUUUCUUGGUUGUAUUGAAUUUAUUUCAAAGGUAAAGAUAGGUCCAUUUGCUGAACAUUCAAAUCAAUUAUGGAAUGUUAGUGCAGUAUCUUCAUGGGUUAAAGUAAAUAGUGGACUUAUCAAAAUGUACAAAGCUGAGGUUUUAGCAAAAUUUCCUGUCAUCCAACACGUUUUGUUUGGUUCUUUACUGUCUAUAAAACCAGUAUCUGUUCCUCCUGUUAAAAAGGAAUCUCAUAGAAUUCAACCUGUGCAACCACCACCAAUUCAGUAA